CAAAAAUUGACUUUUGGACUUUCUGGUUUCUUGCACACUUGUUUCUGAUUAAAUUUUCUUUUCUCCCAAAAAGAAAAGAUUUUAUUAUUAUUUUAUAUUAAUCUCUCCACGUAAUUGAAUUGAAUUUGCACAAAAUCAUGUUCUCUAGCACAAGGACUUUUGUUCGUUCAAACAUCUUGCAUCGUUGCAAGAGCACCCUUGUUGUGGCCGAACACAACAAUGAAACAUUGAAUCCAGUCACAUUGAAUACUAUCACUGCCGCCAAGAAAAUUGGUGGCGAUAUCACUGUUCUAGUUGCUGGAACAAAAUGUGGACCAGCAUCUGAAGCUGUAUCAAAAAUUCAAGGAGUUGGCAAAGUAAUUGUCGCCGAAAAUGAUGCUUUCAAAGGAUUCACUCCAGAAUCUUUGACUCCUUUGGUUUUGGCUGCCCAAAAUCAAUUCAAAUUCACACAUAUUUUAGCCGGAGCAACUGCAUUUGGCAAGAAUGUUUUGCCAAGAGUUGCAGCCAAAUUGGAUGUUUCACCAAUUUCAGAAAUAAUCGAUGUCAAGUCGGAAGAUACUUUUGUUAGAACUAUUUAUGCAGGAAAUGCUGUUUUAACUCUCAAGUCCAAGGACGCUAUUAAAGUCAUCACAGUUCGUGGAACAAAUUUCGAAGCGGCCGGUGCUGGUGGAAGUGCUGCAGUAGAACAGGCACCAGCUGGUGACUACAAGAGUGAUUUGUCGGAAUUCGUUUCUCAGGAAUUAACCAAAUCUGACCGUCCAGAAUUGGCUGGUGCCAAAGUCAUUGUGUCAGGAGGACGUGGUCUAAAGUCUGGAGAUAAUUUUAAGCUAUUGUACAAUCUAGCUGAUAAGUUUGGAGCAGCUGUUGGUGCAUCACGUGCUGCUGUCGAUGCUGGCUUUGUACCAAACGAUUUACAAAUUGGUCAAACUGGCAAAAUUGUUGCUCCUGAUCUAUAUAUCGCAGUUGGAAUCUCUGGAGCUAUUCAACAUUUGGCUGGUAUGAAGGACUCGAAGACAAUUGUUGCUAUCAACAAAGAUCCAGAGGCACCAAUAUUCCAAGUAUCUGAUAUUGGAUUGGUAGCUGAUUUAUUUAAAGCUGUUCCAGAAUUGACAGAAAAACUAUAAAAAAAAAGCUAAAAUACAAAAAACAAUGAAAACAAACAAAAGAAUCACUCUUGUUGCCUUAAAGUUUUUUUUUACACAACAAAAAAUAUAAAUAGAUAAAUUUGUACCAAUCUUUUCGCAGAUUGUAUGCAUUUAGAAUUAUUAUUGUUAAUUGAGA